GUUCGAUCUCUGAAAGCGUUGUGUUCUGCCCGCUCACGACAGGCUCCGAGGCCAAGGGAAAGUUUGAGGUUUUACAUUUCUGUUUGUGGUACCGGAAAAGGCUUACGAUCUGAGGGCUUGAUUCAGUGAAAUAACAUCGCCUUCUACACAUUUGCUUCGCAAGGAGGGCAGGAGUUGGAAGCGACCGUUUUGAGAUGUUCAAGAUUUGCUGGCAGAGGGAAAGGGAUUUUUUUCCCUCCCUCCCUGCCGAGGAAAAACAGUUCUAACGAGGAGUUACUUUGUAAUUUUAACUCCCAUUCAAAUACUCCCAGCCCUAGAAGCCGCCGUUGAUCCCCGGCGACUUCUUCUUCUUCUUUUUUUUUUUUAAACAUCUUUAUUGGAGUAUAAUCGCUUUACAAUCGUGUGUUAGUUUCUGCUUUAUAACAAAGUGAAUCAAUUAUACUCAGAAGGGACCGGUCACAGCGCUGCCUCAUCCCUGGAGCCCCCGUCAUGAGUUUGCAGAAGAGACUCUUCCCUGGGAGGGAGAAUGGGACCCAUGAAGUGAUGGCUAAACCCAGUCUGGUCACCACCCGUCCACCAAGGGCCAGAGACCUGGAAAGGAAGAAGGGCAGCUUUACUUCCUCCCUCAGGAUGGAGCCUCACAGCCAUUCUGGAAAGAGCAGAAAAUCCACAAAAUUCUGGUCCAUCUCCCGGUCCCUGAUCCUGUGUAAUGCCAAGACCACUGACGAUGGCUCAAGCCCCGAUGAGAGAUAUCCUGAUCCUUUUGAGAUUUCCCUGGGCCAGGGCAAGGAGGGACUUUUCCUUUCAUCUGUGCAGCUGGCAGACACGUCAGAGGCCGGGCCCGGCAGCGUUCCUGAUCUCAUGCUGCCCUCCAAGGCCGCUCAACUGCAGGAAGCUGGGAGUGAUGGAGGCCAGAACUGUAGGAGGAUGUUCUUCAUGAAGGAAGCUUCUACACCUUCCUCUGGAGAAAAGUCUGGAAAACUGGAUGAACAAAGUAGUAACUUCCUGUUUCCCAAAGCCUGUCACCAAAGGACACGCAGCAACUCAACCAGUGUUAAUCCCUACUGCACAGGAGAGAUUGAUUUUCCAAUGACCAGGAAAUCGGCGGCUUCCACAGACAGGCAGCCUUAUUCCCUCUGUAGCAACAGGAAGUCUCUCUCUCAGCAACUGGACUGUGCAGCAGGAAAGGCUGUGGGCCCGUCAAGGCCAAUGCGGUCGCUCAGCACAGCUCAGCUCAUGCAGCCCUUGGGGGGCCUCCAGGCGUCCGUCAUCUCCAACAUCGUGCUGAUGAAGGGCCAGGCCAAGGGUCUGGGCUUCAGCAUCGUUGGAGGAAAGGACAGCAUUUAUGGCCCCAUUGGAAUUUACGUUAAAACCAUCUUUGCGGGGGGAGCAGCGGCAGCUGAUGGGAGGCUACAAGAAGGUGAUGAAAUUCUGGAACUCAACGGGGAAUCGAUGGCUGGACUCACACAUCAGGAUGCUUUGCAGAAGUUCAAGCAAGCCAAAAAGGGGCUCCUCACCGUGACGGUGAGGACCCGCCUGACGGCCCCCCACUCCCUGAGCAGCCGCCUGUCCCCCGCACUGUGUCGCUCCCUGAGCUCCAGCACCUGUGUCACCAAGGACUGCAACUCCUUCAUCCUGGAAAGCCCUGAAGCGCCCGCCAGCCGCGCCAAGCCCAACUACAGGAUCCUGGUGGAGGUGUCCCUGAAGAAAGAGGCUGGCGUUGGGCUGGGAAUCGGCCUGUGCAGCGUCCCCUAUUUCCAGUGCAUCUCAGGCAUUUUCAUUCACACGCUCUCUCCGGGAUCCGUGGCGCAUCUGGAUGGACGACUCCGGUGUGGCGAUGAACUUGUGGAAAUCAACGACUCCCCCGUGCACUGCAUGACGCUCAAUGAAGUCUACGCCAUCCUGAGUCACUGUAACCCGGGUCCAGUCCCCAUCAUGGUUAGCCGACAUCCGGACCCACAGGUCUCUGAACAGCAACUCAGAGAAGCUGUGGCCCAGGCUGUGGAGAAUGUCAAGUUUGGAAAGGAGAGGCAUCAGUGGAGUCUGGAAGGUGUCAAAAGGCUGGAGAGCAGCUGGCACGGGCGGCCGACCUUGGAGAAGGACCGGGAGAAGAACUCAGCUCCCCCGCAUCGCAGGGCUCCGAAGGUCAUGAUCCGCUCCAGCAGUGACAGCAGCUACAUGUCGGGGUCCCCCGGGGGCAGUCCCAGCAGUGGCGGAGAGCAGCCGCCCUCCGACUUGGAAGUCAGCACGCGCAGCCCCAGCCUGCCCCUGGGGCCGGAGCCAGGGGUGCCUCCUGGGGCAUCAUCCGGGCCGCCCCAGGAGAGCCCGGGCGGCCACCCGCCACUGAGACUGAAGAAAUCCUUCGAGAUUUUGGUGAGAAAGCCUACGUCCUCCAAGCCCAAGCCUCCACCCAGAAAAUACUUUAAAAGUGACAGUGACCCUCAGAAGAGUCUAGAAGAGAGAGAGGACUCCCUGUACCCUUCUGGACACACCUUGCCCACCUGUGGCCAGGAAGCCAGCGAAGUACUGCCACCGCUGCCCGCGCAGGAAGGCGCAGCAGGGAGAAGCCCACACGCCACUGCCUGCAGCCCAGGACCUGCAGUCGGCCCGCAGACGACGUCCUCCUCAGAGGGCCAGCCUGGGGGGAGAGGAGCCAGCCCAGUGACGCCAACGUCUCCAAUAAAACACCCACUGCUUAAGAGGCAGGCUCGGAUGGACUAUACCCUUGACAUCACCGCCGAAGACCCUUGGGUUAGAAUUUCUGACUGCAUCAAAAAUCUCUUUAGCCCCAUCAUGAGUGAGAAUCACAGCCACACGCCACUGCAGCCCGUUGUCACGCUGGGUGAGGAAGAUGGGAUUCGGGGCCACCCAGAUGGGACUGUGCCCAAGCCGGACACCACCAGUGGCGGUCCCACAGUUUACAAGUCGGCAGACGGCAGCACCGUGAAGAAGGGUCCUCCAGUGGCCCCCAAGCCCGCCUGGUUUCGCCAAAGCUUGAAAGAUUUGAGGAAUCGUGCCCCAAGGCAGCCCCCAGAGGCAGCCUCCCCCAGCCAGCCGACACCCACCUCCAGGGAGCGCCCCGGGCCACCCCUACGGGCCUCCUCUUCCAUCAGGCAAAGGAUCAGCUCCUUUGAAACCUUUGGCUCUUCUCACCGGCCUGACAAAGGAGCCCAGAGACUAAGCCUCCAGCCCUCCAGCUCCUCCGGGGAGGCAGCAAAACCUCCUGGGAAGGAAGAGGGAGGACGGGCUUCUCGGGCUCCCGGUGUCUCAGGGCGAGGGGCUCCCCCCGCCGUGGAGCAACAGCGGCCAGAGCCAGAGCAGCUGCCCCCAGCCUCCCUCGCAGCCCUGGAGGCCAGCGACCCCGGGGUGCCGGAGUCCCCUCCCCCCGGACAGCAGCCCGGUCAGAAAACCCUCUCCUCGGACCCCGACCCUCUCUCAAGGCUUUUGGCGACGCAGAUGGAGGGGUCUCGAGGCCCAGGGGUCAAGAUACCAAGCCAGCGGGCACGGAGCUUCCCCCUGAGCAGGACCCAGUCCUGUGAGAUGAAGCCACUGGAUGAAAAGACCAGUAAACUCUACUCCAUCAGCAACCAGGUGUCAUCGGCUGUCAUGAAGUCCCUGCUGUGCCUUCCGACUUUCGUCUCCUGUGGCCAGACCUCCUGCAGCUCCAAGGAAGGGGCGUCGCCCCCCAUGGCGUCCAGUGAAGAUCCUGCUGCAGAUAGUUCUGCCGAAGCUCCUGCCUCAGACAUGGGCUUCUCGCUCAACCUUUCAGAGCUGAGAGAAUACACAGAGGGUCUCGGUGAGCCCACGGAAGCCAACGACUCGGAACACUGCACUCCUCAGUCUGGUCAAUCAGUUAUCUCCCUGCUGAGCUCCGAGGAAUUAAAGAAGCUCAUAGAGGAAGUGAAGGUUCUGGAUGAAGCAACAUUAAAGCAAUUAGACAACAUCCAUGUGACCAUCUUGCACAAGGAGGAAGGGGCUGGCCUUGGGUUCAGCUUGGCAGGAGGAGCAGAUCUAGAAAACAAGGCGAUCACGGUUCACAGGGUGUUCCCCAACGGGUUGGCCUCCCAGGAAGGGACUAUUCAGAAGGGCAACGAGGUUCUCUCCAUCAACGGCAAGUCUCUCAAAGGGGCCACACACAAUGAUGCUCUGGCCAUCCUUCGCCAAGCUCGGGAUCCCAGGCAAGCCGUGAUUGUCACAAGGAAGCCAAGUGUGGAGACCACGCCCGACCUCAACUCUUCCACAGAUUCUGCAGCCUCAGCCUCUGUGGCCGGUGACGUUUCCAUAGAUUCCUCAGAGGCCACAGUCUGCACAGUGACCCUGGAGAAGACCUCUGCAGGCCUGGGCUUCAGUCUGGAAGGAGGGAAGGGCUCCCUGCAAGGGGACAAGCCUCUGACUGUUAACAGGAUCUUCAAAGGUGCGGUGUGCGUCUGCCUCUCAGCCUUCGCUCCAGUGGCGGGUGUCCGGCCAGGCCCCCCAAAGGCUUCUGAGCACCUUCUAGGCCAUGUCGGUUUCUUCCAGGCCACAACCCCAGGCCCUUUUGGGAGGCAGGCAAGCCUGUUAAGGACUCCACUUUGCUUUUUCUGCCUGUUCUCCUUGGCUCAGACAUCCCCUUAAUCCCCCUGUUUUACUGGGUCCUUGUACGUGACCCAGCCCUGGGCUUGGUUCAGCUUCGCAGAGCCGGGGCUAGGGUGAGGCAAGUGAGGCACUGCCCUGGGUGCAGAACUGAAGGCGGCACCGAAACAUUCAGUAAUCAAGAUACAUACUGUCGCAGUGCAAUAUUUUUAAAACUCGAAAUUAAUUCAAAAAGCCCACAAUGAACAAAAUAUCAAGUUGUAAAACAGAGUCCGACUUUCCAGGUGCACAACUCUGCCUUACUCACCUCACCCUAAUCCUGGACCUGUCAGCUCCUACCUUUAUUCAGAAUUUUGAGAUUUUCUUCAUCAUGGAUUGGGGAGCAAAGCCAGCCUCUAGUGGGGGGUCACUUGGGUUUUCCUGUGAACAUCAUGAAUGGCCUGCAGCUGUCACAUGCAAUCGCCCUGAUUCUUCGCUGCCUCUCACGCUGGACCCCCCUGAGUCACGGAACAAGGAGCUGUGGACAGGGGGUCACGUGGCUCUGCUUCUAACUUGCUGAGUGACUGUUGCCUUCUGGGCCUGAGGCUCCUUAUCUAUGAGAAGAGGUGUGGGUGUGUGCCUGAGGGCUCUUAGUACUGGCACCAGAGGCCCUCCCAGAUCUGCUCCCCGUCCCCCAGGCGCCCCCACUGCAGACUGGUUUUGUUAGCGGGAAAUCUGUUACAGCUGCUGAAACCCAGGGGGCGGACCGAGGCUCACGUGGAGCUUCCCCAGAAAUCCAUGCUGACUCCAGUUCUGCGAAAGAUUGUUUUUAACUUUGAAGGUCAACUUGGAAUGAGCGUAGGGCUCAAAGUCGAGAGACCUGGAUUCCAGUGUUCAUUCUGCCCCUGAUGGCAGCAUGACCCUGGGCAAGUCCCUUCACCAUCUUGGCCCCAUUUGCUUACAUGGGGACGUAAGGGACCAAGGGAGGUGGAUUCUACAGCUGUACCACUCAGCAGCUUUGGAGUUUGUGUGAGCUACUUGAGUCCUUGGUUUCCUCCCACGUGAAAAGGGAACACUAACAGAGCAUACAUACCUCAUAGGACUACUGCCAUAAAUACCAAGUGUUAACACAAUGCCUGUUAUAUAUAAUUGCCCAAUAUAUUUUAGCUAAUUUUUUUUUUUUUGAGAAAUGUCUGCUUAGAUACUUGGCCCAUUUUAUUUAGGUAUUUAUUUAUUUCUUGGCCGCGCCGCACAGCAUGCGGGAUGUCAGUUCCCCGACCAGGGAUCAAACCCACGCCCUCCCCCGCCCCGCAAUGGAAGCGCGGAGUCCUAACCACUGGACCGCCAGGGAAGUCCCUAGCUAUUUUUUUUAUUAUGAUCAUCAUUACUAUUAUCUUUUACUCUUAUUAAAUAUUUGCAGAUAUCAUUGUGUCAAACAGAUAGGAAAUUUUCUUUCAGCAUCAGCAGUAAAAGAGCACUCUUUCCCUACGUAACUCUGAAAGAGCGGGAGCCGUAUGUGAUUAUGUCUUUACGUGGACCCAGGGGUCUUCUCCAGGCCAUUCAGAGCCAAAAGUACUGUGAAGAUUGUUUCGUGAACACCCCACCAGCUUCAUUCCCACACCACCCAAUGCCCGGCCACCUCAUUAGGAGUAGAGAGACCACAUGUGGGGGGGAGGGGUACUGGGUAUUGGGAUGGUAUCCAAGGAGGACCCGGUUCCCCGGGGAGGUCUCCCCAGCCAGGCUCUGGCUUGGAGCUGCCCGAAAUCCCCCUUCUCUGGGGACAGCAUGGGCCUCACCUCUCCCAAGGGCCACGGAGAGCUGGAGCCUGGUGUGCCAGCCUUGAAGUCACCGUUUUAUGAGAUGUCUCAUUUCAGAACGACCACCGAGUUCCGGAGGGAUGGGCGCCAGUUGCCUUCUGAGCUGUCCCGGCUCCUCAGAGACCAAGGGUAGGAAGUAACUGCUUGUUCCACUGUCACUUGUGGGACCCAUUCUCUUCUCUCU